AUGUGUAGGCCAUACGAUGCGAACGAGGUGUUCGUCACGGGCACUUUCGAUGAUUGGGGUAAGACGGUGAAACUGAACCGGGUUGGCGGCAUCUUUAUCAAGGAAGUGUCGCUCCCGGUGCGUGAGAAGAUUCAGUACAAGUUCGUUGUCGACGGUAUCUGGACAACUGACAAGCGUGUUCGAGAGGAGAACGACGGAGACGAUAAUAUCAACAACGUCCUCCUACCUGAGGAGAUUAAGGACAGCGCCCCAACUCAACCUGCUACCAACGCAACCAUGUCUGGUGUGACCCCCGAUUCGACAACCGCGGCCCUGGCUGCGGCUGUCCCCAAGGAGGCCAACGGAAACCUGCCCGGUACAUUCCCCGAGACGCCGGGACAAGAGUCCGAACAAACGCUAUCCGUGAACCCCAUCCCAGCAUCGGGUGGCUACGGAAAUCCUAUCAAGCUGAACCCUGGCGAGAAGGUUCCUGACCCUAACACACUCCAUGGAAAUACUGUGGACUCGACUGUGCGACUAGACAAGGAAUCUUAUGAAAAGGGUGACAGCGUGCCCCUGGGUAGCGCCGGAACCCAGAGCGACACCGCCGGAUCCAGUGCCUUUACUGUGCCCCCAGUGACAAAGAAUCUCAUUCCCGAGUCCAGCCUGCCCAUCGGUGGCCCUGCUCAGCGAGCCGCUUCUACCGAGCAAGAGCUUUACCACGCCGGUGGUCCUGCUCAACAGGCUGCUAUGGCCGACCCCGGCGUUACCAUCCAGUCAGCGGCCCCCACCUCGACCACCGCCGCUCUUGCCGCCGAGGUUCCUCUUGAGAAGAACAAGCAGACAAAUGGCACUGAGCCGGUGGAGGAGGUUCCAGAGGUCGUGAAGGAAUCGAUUGCUGAAGCUCACCAAGACCCCGAGGCUACUGCCAACAAAGAAGCUGUUGCGGAGAAGAGAGAUGUGGAGAAUGAACUCCACACCAAGGUACCUGUGGAGGAAUCCGCAGGAGCCCCAGCACCAACUGCGACUGCAGCCACAACGUCUACCGCACCUGGCCAAGGCCAAGGCCUUGUUGUCCCCCCGGUGGACUCAGCCGAUGUGUCACCGACCUCGACUCCUCCCCCCGGACGAGCAUCAGCCGCUCCCGCCCCCACCUCCGCCCCAGCCACUGAAGACCAAACCGUACCAGCGACCACUGCUAAGCCCGCCGAGUCUUCCAACACUGAUGCAGCUAGGAGCAGCACUACGGGAAGUUCCAAGGAUGAAAAGAAGAAGAAGCGACUGAGCGGGUUCUUCAGCAAGCUCAAGGAAAAGCUCAAGUAG